AUGCGUGGAACUCUGGAUCCCAGCGAUCUCAAGGACCUUCUUGACGAGACUACCAGUGAAGUGCAAGCAGGGUUUAUGACAGGCCCAUACCACUCUGAGAGCGAAGUCACGGCCCAGCUUGGGACCAAUUUGUGGUCGUUGUCUCCCAGAUUCCUCCUCAGGCAAGGGGAAGACAGCAAGGUUCGGAUCAUAGAUGAUCUGAAGGCCUCAGCGGUUAACCAGGCCUUUGCGUCCUCGUCUUACCUGGAUUUGCAGGAUACUGAUUUCACCGUGGGCCUGCUACGUUUCAUUUCGAGGUCGGUGCAAGGGGAAGGCAGUGUUGACAUUCCCAUGCAGGAUGGGACUUCCCUGCGUGGGCGUCUUUGCCCUGAGAUGAAGCACCGGCCGCCGCUUCUCGACAAAACAUUAGACCUAAGCAAAGCCUACCGCCAAGUAGCGAUUCAUCCCGAUUCCAGGAAGCACGCGGUCCUUGGAUUUCCGGGGAAAGAAGGGUCCUGGCAGUACUACCUGGCCUGCUCCCUGCCUUUCGGGGCUUCUGCCAGCGUCUUUGGCUUUAACAAAAUCGCCUUGGCCGUCUUGCGCAUCCUCGUGGUUAAAUUCAUGGCCUUGGCCACGGAUUUCUACGACGAUUACACCCUUUUCGAAUUUCAACCGGCCGCCAGCUUGCUUGACAAAAUUGCAAUGAGGCUUUUAUCCAUCCUAGGGUGGUCCUUUGCCAAAGAGGGCAAGAAAUUCGUGCCGUUCGGUUCUACGGUUGUUUCCCUAGGGGUCACUCUGGACUUAACUAGUGUAUGGGAUGGCCAGAUCAGGGUCUCCAACAAACCAGGCCGAUUGGCGAAGCUGGCGGAGAUGCUGAAGCCCAUAAUAGCGGGUGAGCCCGUUACUAGGUCUCAGCUGGCUUCUCUGCAUGGGCUGAUCAAUUUUGCAGGCGGCUACGUUUUGGGGUUCGAGCUUAAGCCUACGGCCCGCAUGCUUUCGAGAGCCCUGUCCGGGGUAUUUCUUGGGAACACGCCGGGUUUGCCCUGCCGCCGUUCUGCCUACUCCGAUGGGGCCUUUGAGAAAGGUGUCGGAACGUGGGGAGCUUUGAUGUUAGACCCCGUGACGAGCCAGAGGUGGAUCUUCGGGGGACAGGUGCCCGACUGUCUCAUGAAACGGUGGCAUGCCACGGCCGGAGAGCAGGUCAUAUGCGAGGUUGAGGCGUACGCACUGGCCAUUACCUUGUUUGGUCUCCGUGGUUUCUUGACAGGCAGGUGUCCAGGUUGCUGCGUCGAGAGGCAUGCUCAAGGUUCGGAGCUGACCUAA